ACUUGAGGGAAAAGGUGAGAAGAAAAGAGCAGCUUGUUAAUGAUGAUAAGAAGCAACUAGAGAGACUGAAAGAGAAAGAGAGGUCAUUGGAAGUGGAGAAGAAGAGGUGGAGAGAUCAGUUGCUGAAGUCAAAUAGGAGAACUGCUGGAUUGUCUAAUUCUUCACAAACUUGGGAUGAAUUUCUAUGUCUUUUUGAAAAAUGGUCUGAACCUGUGGUUUUGUUAAUUGAUGAAUUUGAUAUACCGUAUUUAAUUAUUGCCAUUGAAACAUUUAGUAUACUUUAUUUGAAUACAAGUAAUUCCCAUGUGUUCUCUUUCAACAUCACAGAAAAAUACCAGAAUCCAGAUUUGCCAUUUAAGCAAAUCAAAGCUUUAUUUGAAGAGUUUAUGAGUAAUAGAGGUAUUGUCAUUGACCUUCUAGUGAUCAAAGAUAUCUAUGCUUUAACAAAUGAUCAUGUAGGCUUUACUUGCCUUUAUGGACGUGUUAUUGAUGAAAAAUUAUUACCAAAAAAUUUUAAUGAAAGACAAUAUAUUACUUAUCAAAAUUGUGAGAUUUCUCUUGAUAGAUAUCAGAAACUUGGUAUCCUUAAGAUGCUUCAAGUAGUUGUUACUUUCUUUGAUAUAGAUUUUAUUCAUCUGGCAUCUUUAUGUUAUUUCAAGAAAGCAACUCACUUGACAGAAAUUAGUCAGGAUGGAGAUUAUAUGUAUCGUUAUAUUGACAUUGUAAUCAAUGGUAAUGAAGAAAACAUUGUAUUAAAGCUUGAUAGAUAUAAUAAGGCAGAAAAUCCUACGUAUCAAUCUAAAGAACAGAAAAUUCAAGGACUCUAUAUUGUCCAUUUUUGGCAUAAUGAAAAAUUUGAUGAUGUACAAAUGUAUGCAUAUUUGAAAGAUGGUAAAAUUGUGAAAGAGCAAGUGAUACCUCAAACAAAUAAAGCAUGA